GCAGCAUCGACUCCACCCACUGGUCGGUGACGUCACGCGCUAAGCGGGAAGUUCAGUUUUUCCUUCAACAACAAAGUGCUCCAGUUACCAAACUCAAAGACUCUGGAGCAGGACGCCGGAGCGGAGCUGCGCCAUGAUGCCCGGUGACAACGAGGAGAGGAGCCUCCCGGCGGCCGGGGGCUUCGGACAGCACAACUUCACGGCUGAAGAGUACCAGGCGGUUCAGAACGCCCUGCGGCAGAAACUGGGCCCCGAAUACAUCAGCACCAGGAUGGCAGGAGGCGGACAGAAGGUGUGCUAUAUCGAGGGGCAUCGUGUCAUCAGCCUGGCCAACGAGAUGUUUGGCUACAACGGAUGGUCUCACUCCAUCUCCCAGCAGAACGUCGACUUUGUGGACCUCGUCAACGGCAAGUUUUACGUCGGAGUCAGUGCGUUUGUCAAAGUGCAGUUAAAGGACGGCUCGUUCCAUGAAGAUGUGGGCUACGGGGUGAGCGAGGGCCUGAGGUCGAAAGCUCUGUCCCUGGAAAAAGCGAGGAAGGAAGCCGUCACCGAUGGAAUGAAGAGAGCACUGAAAUGCUUCGGCAAUGCCCUUGGAAACUGCAUCCUGAAUAAAGAAUACCUCAUAGCCAUCAACAAGAUCCCCAAACAGCCUUCACCUCCUCUUGACCCAGCCCAGACCAAGCGCUCUGACCAUGAGCCUUUAGUGGAGAAGGCUCGUUUCUCCAGCCUGGCCCGGGAUGAGAAGGUUGGGUCUGCGGUGGGUUCGACAACAAAGGCCGCGCUGGAGCCCAAAGUCCUCAACCAGAACCAGAACCAGAGCUGUUCAGCAGGUCAUGGGAGUGGCACCGAAGCCGGGACACCCCUCUGUCACCCAUCUGGUGUUGGCCCUGCCCCUGUACAUUCAUCAGCCGAGAUGGACAGGAAGAAUGACAACGUCGGUCCCAGGCCUGCGCGGGACUCGGUGGGUGUCGUCCCGUCUGAAGCACACACAGACCCCAAACAGCAGAGGAAGCUCCGGCAGCAGCAGCUCCAGCAGAAGUUCAGGCAAGAGAUGGAAGCUAAGAAGGUGCAACAGGGCCAAGCCAAGUCUGAGGAUGUAGAGAUUCCUGUUGGACGAGCAUCCAUUGGAGGUCCUGUGAGCCCCCCUGGCAAGGUAGCUGCAUCGAGGUUUGGCCACAGCCCCCCAGCUGGACACAGAGAGCCGAGCAGUAGGGAUGAAUAUUUAGCAGAUGAUCACGAGCUGUGGGAUUUCACUCUGGACGGGAUUGAGGAGUUGGACGCCCCCGCCGGAGCGCCGCAAUCAGGAGCCUCCAAGCCCAGCACACCCAGGAGUCACCAGAUGCAGACACGCAGUAAGACCCCUCAGAGGGACCCGUCCCACCCACUGAGGCCGCCGGGCAGACCUCACAACGAGGCGCCGUCGAGCAUCAGAGGACAGGACAACCACUGCCAAUACAAACCUCCAUAUCAGAAUCAUCACCAGGCAAGGCCAGGUGAGGCCUCAAGUCCAUACAGACAAGGGCAGUACAUGAAAAAACGCAAACUGAACCCUUGAAAAUGUUUCACUACCUCCUUGCAACCUUUUCCACAGUCUAGCUUUGUUUUUAAUGUUAAUUUUCUAUUUAUUUCAAUGUAUACAUCCACGAGUUUAUAUUGUAAAAUUGUGUCUUACUGCAGUAUGUCAACCAUUUGUAAAAAGUCAACCGUUUCUAAAAAUUCUGACAUUUCUGGUGUUGUACAAAAAAUAAAAGCCAUUUGUCUUUUUGAAAGUGA